AUCGAGUAAUGUUUGCUGUUCGACGAGAGUAUAAAAAAACAGGAUAAAAUUAUACAUUAGGUAUGACGAGAAAUAUCAGCUUCCAAGAAAAUUUGAAAUAUUUUUAAUAACAAUUACAUACAACCUUACGUAGUUGUACAUAGAGACGAACGAUAAGAUCUAACCAGAUGUAAUGUGUAACAUGCGCUUUUGUAAAGUUUUGUAUAACAUGUAAAAAAUACAAGACCUGCCGUGAUGUGUGGUGUAAUCGAAAAGGGCGCAGAAACAACAGGAUGAUUGUAUUUCAAUUAAAUUUACGUGCGGGAGAAUAAAAAAGAUGGAGGAUGAUAUUGACAUUUAUGCAGAUCUGCCAAGUUUCGAAACGAAAUGUGACGAGGACUUCGUGCCAAACAAUGAAGAAAACAUUACGCAUGAACACGAGAAAUUAAAGGAACAAAUCGCAGAGCUCUCGGUACAAUUGGAAAAUUUUCGAAAAAUUAACGAAACUAUGGAGGUUAAUAUGGUUUCCCUAUUAAAAACGGCAAAAGCAGAAAUUGCACGAAAGGAUAAGAUGAUCGAGGAUUUGAGAAAACAGCUCGACGAUAUAGCAUUCAAGAGAGGCAUCCAUGCCAGAACCAACGAGAACUUGGCUCGCAAAUCAACUAACCGUGGAGGAAUUACAAAUACCUGCCACAAGGCAGUUGACUUUCCUUUGCCAUCUAUUGAAAUUAAACAGGAACCAUUAGAAGUAGAUUCAACAUGUAACAUAACUAAAGAUCCUAACUCGAUUAAAUCUACCUUGACACCUAUUACUGUUUUUGGUGAACGAUUACGUAAAAGACUUGCAGACGAGCAAAAUUUAGAAAGGAAGGACAAACAACCAAGCAAGUUCACUGUUAAUGGUAAUAAUGGAAUGUGCGUUGAGGGAUAUGUAGCCGAAAGCGAUAAGGAAAAUGGUUCUAUGCGCGAUACUAAUUCCUGUAAUAUGAGAGAAAUUGAGGUGCGCGUUGACGCGCAAUAUUCUGAAAAUGAACGUACAAAAAGCCCUAAGAUAACAUCAAGAAUCAGUUCAAAGGAUUUCCUAGCUAGCGAUAAAAAUGAAACCGAUACAAAUCUUCAACGGAAUUCGGUGCUUGCUGUAAACUGUACCGGGAAAAGAGCAAACGACGACCAAAGUAAAUCCAUCCCUGCUAAACGAAUAAAAUUUGAGGGCGAGGAGUAUUUUUCAGGAUCGGCGAAUAAAGAAGGAAAUGAGAAUGUCGCCGUUGAAUUCAAGAAAAAACGUGAUUCUGCGAGGUAUAAUAAAUUUGAGCCUUCUGAUAAAUUUUGCAAAAUGGAACGCGUCACAAAAAGUUCAGAUAAAGAACUUGACUACAAGAUGAAUGCAGAUAUUAAGAAACGUGGAUAUUUUAGCGACAAUACUGUUAAAAAAGAUAAAAGAAAAAAUGUAAAAGACGAGGACGACGUAUCGUGCGAUAAGAAAGUCACAAAAGUACAUUUUACGAAACGACAUAACAAGCACGCAAAAACUCCGAUGUUUAAAUUAAACGAAAGAGACGUGAAUUAUCGUUGCACCGAGAUAGCGAGGAAAGAAGAUCGUCGCGGGAGUGAUGCAGACGAUUAUCGAUCGCGCACAAAGUCAACCUCAUAUAAAUAUUAUCAGGAAGAGAAAAACAUUAAAAACAAAUAUAGCAAGCAUAUCACUUGUGGUGACAAGGAGUCUUGCGAUCCAAGAAGUACGACGAAACAUUCUUCAAUGGAUCGAAAGACCAAUAAUUUGCAAAGUAGUAAGCAUUACGAUGAUUCUGGGUUUCGACGAUUGAAAAGUGUUGUCAAAACAACUAAACCGUGCAAGAAGCAAAACAAAAUCGACGAAUGUUCGUCACAUUUGAAGUCUUGUGUAGUAAAAUCUGUCGCGCGUUCACAAUAUUCCGAAGCUUCAAAACGCGAAAGAAGUCGAGAAAAGAGCUACGAGAAAAGUCGAGAAAAGAGUCGCGAGAAAGUUCGUGAAAAAAGCCGCGAGAAGAGUCGAGAAAAAAGCCGCGAAAAGAAUCGAGAAAAUAUCAUCGAAUCUAAAGAAUGUCUGGCAAGCGUUGUACAAGUUAGACGACAUGUACUAACAGAAAACGAACUUCCACAGAGACCUCACGAUUUGGCCUCAACUUCACAGAAACACGAUGAUCGACUGCAAAAUUUGGAAGAGUUAGAGAAGGUUAAGAUUAAAGUUACACCAAAUAAUAGCCCAAGCAUGGAUAAUGAACGCGAAGGAUUAAAAAAACGCCAACACGACUCUGACGAACUGAAUGUUUCUGUAAAGAUUGAUAUAGAGAAAAAGGAGAUAGAAUGUAAUAACGUACAAGAUGAAUUGGUCAAAGAUUCGAACGUACUUUCCAACGAUGUUUUGACGUGUUUACCAAUUCCAUCCCCGGGCAAACAACGUCUUGAAAAUAACGAAAGUAUUGACAAUGUAGAAAAUGUUGAAAACAUUGAGAAAUUUAUUCGCAAUUAUGCUUUCAACGAUGAAAAUCUCGAGAAGGCAGAAUCGGUAUUGGAAGCUGCUGGCAGAGAAAACCACUCCAAACACACAAAAAAAUGCGUAUCAACGAAUGAUAAUGCUUACGAAUGUAAGAAAAAUUCCGGAGAACAUCAUGUACCGGAAUCUAAUGUUCGUAAACCUCUUCCGUUUGAUGGGAAACAAGAAACGAACGUGAAAAUCAACGCGAUUGAACCGAGCGAUACGUCCCCAUGCGGCUCCGAACAUUAUAUCGAAAACGAUCGCAUUGAAAUGCAACUAGCGUUAGAAACUCCUGUGAAACAUAUUGAAAAUUUCACGAAAGCGAAUGAAUGUGCAUUGCAAAAAUCCAUCGAAUUAUCGGAAAAGGAGUCUGAUCGUUUAAAAAUAGAAGGAUCUGUAGAAAAUACCUCGGAAGUUCUUCGAAAUCAUUCUCUGAAAUCGUACGAGAAAACGAGUAACAUCAAUGCUGGUGAUGUAGGCGUUUGUAAAGAUUCAAACACUAGUAACCUGGUCAACAACGACGAUCAAAACAUUCGAAACGACUGUGAGAAUGAUUUAAAAGGAAAAAGCAGAGUAGAAAAUACAUGUGUUACGAUACAAUCGGUCCAAGAGAAGAAAGAUGAGAUCAACAAACGACCAAUUAAAGAAGAACAAUUAAACGAGUUAGAGAUGCCAACCGAGAAAUCCAACGUUACAAAUGCAAAGAAUACGUCGACGAAAAUUCACGGGAAAGUAAUUCUAUUCGCUCGUCGCAAGAAACCCGUGUGUUUAGCGAACAACAACGCGAACAUGACUGUUCUUAUAAAUAACACUUCCGAUUCUAGUAUCAAUUCAACCGACACAAGUAAUAAAAAGGAAUGUAAUUUUCCUUUAAAAUUAAGAGCCCGCAGGCGUUCGCGACGCGAAGAAAAUGAUGUAGUUAAUAUUUGAGUAACGAGAAUCAACUACACAGUAAUUGUUUAUACGAGGGGGAGAAAAGAAUCCUGCAAAGGAAAAAUGCGCCUUUAAUUGGUAUUUUUCGCAUUUAUAAAUUCAUUAGGAUACGAUACUUAUCGAUCGAACCAACAUCGUUGAACUUUGUACUUGGUUCUACGACUAUUCACGCUAGAGAAUAAAAUGUAUAAAAUUUUGUAAAUAACACAUGUGCAUAAUAUACAACAGUUAAAUAGAGAGCGAUUUCUAAAAAUCUCUCGAACGUAGUUGACGUAGGCGAGCGUGCUAUUUUUUUAUCCUAGGUAUAAAGACUUUAAUUUGAAAUAAUAUAACAUAAUCAAUACUAAUAAAGCUGUCUAACUAUUAAGUAUUGUUAAGAUCAACUAUGCUCCCGGGAAUACAUUAAAUGUUAUCAUGAAUAUUUAUUUGAAAUAAAUAA